AUGUCAAAAUUAUAAUAAUAUCUCUCUGAUCUCAAAACACAUCAAGAAGAAGAAAUAGAUAUAUAGAUAAAUUAACCUAAUAAACAAGAAAAUAGUGAUGAUUCAGAUGAUGAAUAGAAUGAAAUUCUUAAUGAGAUACUUAAAUGUAUGUAAAAAGGAUUGUCAGAAAAAGUCUUUGAUUUUGAUAUUGGCAAUUAAAUUAGAUUGAUUGAUGUAGAUGAUAUGAAUAAAAGUGCUUUGUAUUUGGAUGCCUUGGCUUGGCUUUAUUCUAAUAGAGUAGAUAGAACUUAUGUGGAAAGUCUAAAGUUAAAAGUUAAUUUAUUAAGAGCAUACGAUUCAUCUACUAUUCCUAAUGCUCCACCUUAAAAGAAAAGUAAACAAUAGUAAAAUCAAUAAAUAACAUAAAAAACUAUUCAUCUUAAUCGAAAUGUGGAACUUAAAGAAAUAACUAAAUAUGGUGAAUCAACUCUUGAUUUUAAACCUUAUACUCAUCAAUAUGAUACACUUUAAAUCAAUCCAUUCUUUAAUCAAACAAGUAAAUCUUUAGAUAUGCAGGAUUUGAAUACAUUAAUUAUUUAUAAUCCUAAAUUUGAUGAGAAUCUAGCUAUUAUCAUUGAUCCUGAUUAAUUAUUAAAAGUAAAUGAACAAAAUAAGAAUAUAUUAACAGGGUUUAUUAAAUUGGAAAUAGAUACAUCAGUCUUAGAUUAUUCUAAUUUAAUGUGUAAAUAAUUCAAAAUGAGUUUUAAUGAAAUAAAUGAUUUUAGAGAAAGAUAUAAAUAUUUACUCAAUAAAAAAGAUACUUAAUCUGUUAAAUUGGAAAAAAAAUAAUAAAUUGCUAUUGAUAAAUUUAUUAAUGAUUUUCGUGUUUAUGAUGAAAAAUUAAAAUAAGCAUAAUAAACAAUAGAUUAAUAAUAAUAAUCUUUAUCUUAAUUAAGUGUUGAAGAAUAAUAAUUUAUAAGUUUGAAUUAAUAAUAUUAAUAAUAAUUAAAAAUUAAUCAAACAGAAAUAGAUAUUGAUUAAUAAGAUGUACUUUUAAGAAAGAAAAUUGCAUAAUUGAAUAUUGAUUCAUAACCUUAAUAAUAAUAAUUUGAAAAUUAAUAGGUUGAUAUUUAACUUAAUUAAAUGGAUGUUGAAGAAUUCAAUAAUUAACUACCUGAGCUAUUACCUGAUCCUUAUGCUAUUGAUUAAAUAAAUGAAAUUAAAUAAUUAAAUUAAGAAAAGAAAUAAUUACAAUUAGAACAAUUUUAAAUAUAACAAGAAAAGAAAAAGAUUCUAUAAGAACAAAUUUAAAAAUAAUAAAAGGAAACAGUAGAAAAAUAAAUAUCAGAAGAGAUGAAAUAACUUAGUUAUUAAUAGCAAUUUCAAGAUAUAUUUAAUGAUGUGAAUGUUCCAAUAGAUGAAUGGGAUUUAGAAUAAGAAGAAGAAGAAUUUGAUUAAGAUUUAGCACCUUAUGAAUAAUAAUAAUAAUAAUAAUAAUAAUAAUAAAAAAAUAAUAAUUAAUAAUAACCAGUUUAAUAAUAAUAAACAAAUGUUAAGAAGAAAUAAAAGAAAAUAUAUCCAGAUACAUUUAAUUUUGAUGAUGCAUCAGAAUUAAAUAGAUUUCUUAUUUUAAAUACUGUUGGAAAUAAUUAAAGGGAUUUUGGUUAGAGAGAAUUAACAUUAAAAUGCUUAGCUGAUAAUUGUUAAGAUUUUGAUUAUUAUAGAUAUUUUGAAUAUUUUACAAGGGAAUAUACUGGAUUUUUAUAAGAAGAAGAAUAAUAAUAAUAAGCAAUUGCAAUAGUUGGACCAGAUAAUUUUGGAUUAGAUGAAUUCUAAAUUUAAGUAUAAUUAGAAGAGACAAAUUAUAUGAUAGAAAACUAUUCAAAUGAUUUAGAUCACUAUAUAUUGCCUUUUAGAGUAUAAGCUAAUAAUAAUAAUGAACCAAUUACAAUUAAAUAAUUAUAAAUUAUUUUGGAAAGAGUUAUUGAUGAAAUUAAGGGAUAAGUUGAAUUCAUCAAAAUUGAAAAAACUUUACCUUUAAUAAUGAAUGAAAAAAUUAGUAAGAGUAAAUUAUUUGCUGCUCUUUUAUUUGUAGCUAAAAAUAAAGGAUAUAAAUUAGAAUAAAAGAAUAAUUCAUUUAAAGAUAUCUUAAUAAUAAAAAAGGAGGAAAAUAAUACAAUUGAGUUAGAUUAUGAUGAAUACAAUCGUAAUGAAUCACAAAUGGCUGAUGCAAUGUAAAUUGAAAGAUGA